CACUAUCAGCUGGCGGGUCAUCAACGUUUUUCGGCAGGGCAAUUAUUUAAUGAAUUAAAACUCUACAUUAAAGGCUUUAAAUAAUAGAUUAAAUUACUUAUUUGCUGCCACUAUCCACCACCCAAAAUGCCCUCUUACGAGUUAGCACUGGUGCUGCGUCAAUUGCCCCGCCCCGAACUAAUUUCCGUGAUAAAGCGCACGGCAGAGUCCAUUCUGGAUAAAGGAGGCAUUAUCAGGAAGCUGGAGAACCUGGGAACCCGUGCCCUGCCCUACAAAGUCAGCGAACACGGAGUGGUGCAUCGCGAGGGAACGCACUUCACCAUUGCCUUCGAUACGGCGCCCACGAGGAUCGCCGACUUGAAAGAGGAAUUCGGCCGGGAUAUAGACAUAGUCCGACGAUAUAUCUUCAAGGUGGAGGAGCCCGAGAAGGAACCCUGCACCCUUCACGAGGAGAUGCUGCCACCCGCCUAUCGCAAGGAUGUCCUCGAAAUAAUCGAGGCCGCCCAGAAAAAGCAAAAGAAGAAGUACAAUUACAACUCCGGUUUGGAUUACUAUCCCUUCCAGAAGUAGACCCCAAUAAAGCUCGCAUAUUAUGUAUUUAAAAACGAUAACUGGAA